AUGGCUGCACUCCUUGAAUCUCAGCCCAGAUAUAUAUACAAGAUCAUCCCCUCCACAGCACCAGUGCGGGAGCCGCUUCCCGAGCGACUGCCUGUCAGCGAACUGGACCAGAACUCGGGAUUUGUCCACCUCUCACAGGCAUCUCAGGUGCCUAAUACCUUGAACUUUUUCUUUAGCGAGGAACCGCUGGUGUAUAUCCUCCGUAUCAAAUAUGCGGAUGUGAUUCAGGAUAUUCGUUGGGAGUCCCCAGACGGAAAGGUGUGCGGUCCGCGGCCAGGGGAGGGACUAUUCCCGCAUCUGUAUAAUGGACUCAAACUAGGCAAAGACGAGGUGGAGAGCAUCGCAAUCUGGCAAAAUGAUGGAGGAUGGGACAAGGCCCUGGAUGGAGCGAAACCUUGGCUUGUGUCCUGA